AUGGCGGACGAGGAUUACAACGACAUGGAUAUGGGAUAUGAAGAUGAGCCACCAGAGCCAGAAAUUGAAGAAGGUGCAGAGGAGGAUGUGGAGAAUAUUAACAAUGAUGAUCUUCCAGGAGACGCCAUUGAAGCUGAAGACAAAGAGGAGCAAGCACAGGCGGAAGGACCUCGGAAAACCUCAAAAUUUAUGACCAAAUAUGAACGUGCUAGAAUCUUGGGUACCCGUGCACUGCAGAUUAGCAUGAAUGCCCCGGUGAUGGUUGAAUUGGAGGGUGAGACUGACCCACUUGAGAUUGCUAUGAAGGAGCUUCGUGAGCGGAAGAUACCCUUCACCAUACGCCGCUACCUGCCCGAUGGAAGUUACGAGGACUGGGGAGUAGAUGAAUUGAUUGUGGAAGACUCGUGGAAGAGACAGGUGGGAGGUGAUUGA